AUGCGUCUGCGCCAUUUUCAUUCUCUCGUUCCUGAUGCCCUUCAUCACCUUCAUCGAUGUACAAGGUCGAUAACGGCUACCCUUCUUUUUGUUUCAGUCGCUCACGUUGUUCCGUCUGUUCAAUCGACGAACGAAGAAACCCAAUUGCCGACGCAAUCGCCGACCAUCGCUGUAAGCCUGCAACUACAAGGUUCAACAAUGGAAAGUAGUCGAAUUGAUGUUGACUUGGAUGGUGAAAGUGAGGCUGUUGAGCAAAACAAAGUGCCGGUAGUUGGGGACAAAAGGACAUCAAACGCUUGGCGCAACUACACAGAUGUUAGAGAUCCAAAGACGGUGGUGGAGUGACAAAUGCACAACAUACGAGGUGUUGGAAUCAAUGGCAAAGGACAUUCUAGCCAUUCCGGUUUCUACGGUUGCUAGUGAGUCCACUUUUAGUACAUCCGGACGUGUGGUUGAUGACUUUCGUGGUAAUUUGCUUCCAAAGACGGUGGAAGCUUUGAUUUGUACUCAAGAUUGGUUGAGGGCAUCAAAUGUUUGUAUUGACAUUGAACAGUUACUGGAAGAUGUGGAAAAAUAUGAGGAAGAAAUCAGUCGCAAUAUGGAAGAUACUCGUGGAGGGAAUUAGUAGUUGCUGUUUUUGAUGUUGGGAUGUUGUUGUUUUUGCUGCCUGCUGUUGCUGUUUGGUGUUGUUUUGCUGUUUUUUGCUUGCUGUUUUGCUGUGUUUUGCUUGCUGUUGGUGCUGUUUUGCUGUUGCUGUUUGGCUGUUUUGCUGUGGUUCUUUUGCUGUUUUUGUGUUGUUUUGAAACUUGAUAAAAAUUGUUUGCUGUUUUGCUGUUUUGUUGUUGCUGUUUUGACUUUUGUUAUUGCUGAAAAUUGUCAU